AGUAAUGUUGAAAAUUAGCUCAACAAGUCUUGGUCUUUGCAGCCGGCAUUUAUUUCCCAACUGGCAACAGUUUCCGAUCAGUUUCCACUUGGAUAUUUGUUAUAUAAGUACAAAUCUAUUUAUGGUCGAUCGAAAAACAUUGAAUUAUAGAUCUAAGCAAGAUGUUGUUGGCAAUUCUCUAUGUUACAUUGCUACCAUUUGCUUUUGCAUCCAUCAACACAACAUGUCUUCCUCCCCAAGAAGUGGAUGUACUGAGGGUGAUUGGAAGAAAGCUUGGUAAAGAUUGGGAUUUCGAGCAAGAUCCAUGUGUUAAUUGGAGCACUAGCAGUAGCAGUAGAACAUAUGAGAAUAAUGUCACUUGCAACCCGGAGCCAAACAGCUCCACAUGCCAUGUCGUUAGCAUAAGCUUGAAAGGACAAAGCCUACCAGGCACUCUCCCACCGGAACUCGUCAAUCUUCCAUACCUCCUGAAUCUAGAUUUAACUCGCAACUAUCUCAGUGGCACCAUCCCUCCACAAUGGGGUUCCAUGCAGCGAAUUCUAAACAUUUCUCUAAUUGCGAACCGGUUGACCGGACCAAUCCCAAAGGAACUAGGAAACAUCAGCACUCUGAUAUCUUUAUCUGUAGAGGAUAAUAGGAUGUCUGGAACAGUUCCUGAUGAACUUGGGAAGCUUACAAGCAUUGAGAGACUAUUUCUGAACUCCAAUUUCUUUACUGGGGAAUUGCCUGCAUUGUUUGCUAAUUUGAUCAAUAUGAAGGAUUUUCGGAUUGGUGGUAACAACUUCUCUGGGAAGAUCCCGGAGUUCAUUGGAGAAUGGACUCAUCUCACGAGCUUAAGAAUUAUGGCCAGUGGAUUGGAAGGGCCAAUACCUCCUAGCAUUACUCUCCUGACAAAUUUAACAGACUUGAGAAUCAGCGACUUGAGAGGACCCGACGCGCUUUGUCCACCCUUUAAAACUACACCUUUUAAGAAUGUGAUCUUGAGGAGUUGCAAUCUUAUCGGCCCGUUACCAACAUCUCUUGCUUCAACUGAUCUCAUAGACUUCAGCUUUAAUAAACUUAAUGGAUCUAUACCUGAUGGUUUCUCUGCUCUAAGUGACACAGACCACAUAUAUCUUACUGGAAACUUGCUAUCUGGAAUUAUACCCAAUUGGACGCUCACUUCAGGAGAUAAUAUUGAUCUGUCAUACAACAAUUUUACACAUGAAAGCUCCAGGAGUUUAGGGUGUCAGAUUCGGCAAACAAACUUGUUUGCUUCGUUUUCAAUGAACAAUACCUCCAAUGAGGUCUCAUGUUUGGGGAAUGGUUUUUGCUCAACAAAAUCACACUUCUUGUAUAUCAACUGUGGCGGAGAAAGAUUAACAGUUGGAAAUGUUACAUAUGAAAGUGACGUGGAACCAGGUGGUGCUUCCUAUUCCUUUUCAGCAGAAAGUCGAUGGAGAUUUAGCAAUACUGGUAAUUUCUUGGACGAGAAUAAACGUGACAGUUAUGUUGUUCAAUCUUCUGGGGUCCCAGUGAACACUUCUGGACUUUACGGGGCUGCACGAACGUCAGCCUUAUCUUUGACAUAUUAUGGUUUCUGUAUGAGAAAUGGAAGCUACAAUGUAAGCCUUCACUUUGCUGAGAUCAUUUUUACUGAUGAUGAAACAUUUAGCAGCCUUGGGAGACGUGUAUUUGAUAUCUACAUUCAGGGUGAGAGGGUGGAGAAGGAUUUUGACAUCAGUGCCAGAGCAGGUGGGGCUAGAAAAGCAUAUGUGACAACUUAUAAAGUAAAUGUUACAAGUAGUUUGGAAAUCCGUCUCUAUUGGGCUGGAAAAGGAACUCUAAACAUCCCAUUCCGAGGAAAUUAUGGUCCUCUUAUAUCAGCUAUUUCUGUGGAUCCAAAUUUCCCGGUUCCACAAUCGGGGGAAAAUGGAAACGGUGUCGGGGAAAAUGGAAACGGCGUCGGGGAAAAUGGAAAAAGCGUGUCUGGAGGGAUUGUGGCUGGGAUUGUGGUUGGAGCAGUUUGUGCCAUCAUCCUAAUUUUAGGACUAUUAUGGUGGUGCGGUUAUUUACGUUGCAAACAUCCUAUGGAACUAGAUCUGCAUGGUCUAGAGCUGCAUGGUCUACAGCUUAACACUGGUUCCUUUACUUUGAAGCAAAUCAAAAUUGCAACAAACAAUUUCGAUGUUGCCAAUAAGAUUGGAGAAGGUGGUUUUGGCUCAGUAUACAAGGGAGUGUUACCAAAUGGCACCUUAAUAGCAGUCAAACAGCUUUCCUCCAAAUCAAAGCAAGGAAAUAGAGAAUUCUUGAAUGAAUUAGGCAUGAUAUCUGCUUUGCAACACCCGCAUCUUGUGAAGCUCUAUGGUUGCUGUAUUGAAGGAAACCAGUUGUUGCUUGCGUAUGAAUACAUGGAAAACAACAGUCUAGCCCGUGCUUUGUUUGGGCAUAAAGAAUGGCAGUUGGAACUUGAUUGGCCUACAAGAUACAAAAUUUGCAUUGGUAUAGCAAGAGGGUUGGCUUUUCUGCAUGAAGAAACAAUAUUGAAGAUUGUUCAUAGAGAUAUCAAAGCCACUAAUGUGCUCCUUGAUAAAGAUUUAAACGCUAAAAUUUCAGAUUUCGGUUUGGCUAAGCUUGAUGAAGAGGACAACACCCAUAUAAGCACCCGUGUUGCUGGAACUUAUGGAUAUAUGGCCCCCGAAUACGCACUGCGUGGUUAUCUAACAGAUAAAGCAGAUGUCUAUAGCUAUGGAAUUGUCCUCUUAGAGAUUGUGAGCGGGGUGGCUAACAUUGCUGACAGGGCAAAGGAGAAUCAGUUUGUUCUUCUUGAUCGGGCCCUUGCUUUGAAAGCUGAGGGUAAAUUGAUCGAUCUUGUUGAUCCAAAGUUGGGUUCAGAAUAUGACACCGCAGAGACGAUGGUAGUUAUCAAUUUGGCUCUUAUGUGCACUGCAAUUUCUCCAACCGAUAGACCAACAAUGUCAUCAGUGGUUAGCAUGCUAGAAGGACGAAUAGUUUCUGAAGCGUUUAUUGCUGAACAAAGUGUCUCAAUGACUAAAAUGGACCGCGACAAAAUGAUGAAGCUACUUGAGAUAAAGAAUGAGAAUCAAAUGGAGGAAAUGUCAUUCGCAUACACUGAUUCUUCAACAUCUGCUGUCGAUCUCUACCCAGUCAAUGGUUUCAGUGAGUAUCUGCAGAAGAGAGAUAGUGAUGCAAAGAAGCUUUUAUCUUAAACAUAGUAUAUCCUUAAAUAUUCAAAUACCUUGGUUAUACGGAUAUAUAAUACUUGUAUGUUUCACUAUGAUAUUUAUUUAUUUCGGUUUAUAUGGUGUGUUAUAUUUUUAGUAA